ACCACAGUUCGUCGUCUUCAAAAUGAUUUGGCAAUUUCUAACCACACUUUUGGUUCUAUCUGCUACGCCCACACUCUCAUUUACAACUGCGCCCACUGGCACUUCUCCCACAGUUGAUACAUCAGCUGUGAUUGCACCAAACCCGGAGAGCAGCCCUUCACAAUCAACUGACUCACCAAGUACAGCAUCAUCAACAGCGACAGAACAAAGUACUAUUCAGACAGUACCGAUUACUUCCAUCACAGAAAAAAUUAUUACAGUAUUCACGCCAAGUACUUCUGAACCAACAAGUACUACUACAACAGCACCCGGAACUACUGAACUUCCAUUUGAAUGGAAUGUUACCGCACCUCCAUCAGUUGUGUCCAAAUGGUGCAUGAUAAAAUUACAAAAAAACAAUGCACAAUUUACUAUUGAUUUUAUUGAGAAUGCCGAAGAGCCAUAUGAAGAGGCUGUUGAAGAGACUCUAUGUGUGCAACUCAAUCGCAAAUCUUUCGAGACAAGGCUGGAAGAUUUGACAAACUAUUGUGGACAACGGGAAUCAGAUGCCUUUAAGGAGUAUGUCGCCAACCGGAGAAAGAUUCACCACUGCGAUCAGUACCUGUAAUGCUUUUUUUGUAAUAUUGAACACACUUUAUUUUAGCUCUUGAAUGCUGUCUUAAUGAACAUUGUUUUUCAUUUUAUCAAUAAAUGCUUUGCGAACCG